UUCCUCAGAGAACUGGCAAGGCAGAAGGGCCCCCUGGACGGCGCGGCAAGCCUGGGAGAAGAGGCGACCCUGGUCCUCCAGGGCAAUCAGGACGAGAUGGCUACCCGGGACCCCUGGGUUUGGAUGGCAAGCCCGGACUUCCAGGCCCGAAAGGUGAAAAGGGUGCACCAGGAGACUUUGGCCCCCGGGGAGACCAAGGACAAGAUGGAGCUGCUGGGCCUCCGGGGCCCCCUGGACCUCCUGGGGCCCGGGGCCCUCCUGGAGACACUGGGAAGGACGGCCCCAGGGGAGCACAAGGCCCAGCGGGCCCCAAAGGAGAGCCUGGACAAGACGGCGAGAUGGGCCCGAAGGGACCCCCAGGGCCCAAGGGUGAGCCUGGAGUACCUGGAAAGAAGGGCGACGAUGGGACACCAAGCCAGCCUGGACCACCAGGGCUCCCUGGACCACCAGGGCCCAAGGGCGAGCCAGGGAGCGAGGGGCCUCAGGGCGAGAGUGGCGUGGGCGGUGCCCCAGGACCAAAGGGGGAGCCUGGCCACCGAGGCACGGACGGAGCUGCAGGGCCCCGGGGUGCCCCAGGCCUCAAGGGCGAGCAGGGAGACACAGUGGUGAUCGACUAUGAUGGCAGGAUCUUGGAUGCCCUCAAGGGGCCUCCCGGGCCACAGGGGCCCCCAGGGCCACCAGGGAUCCCUGGAACCAAGGGUGAGCUUGGAUUGCCUGGUGCCCCAGGAAUCGAUGGAGAGAAGGGUCCCAAAGGACAGAAAGGAGACCCAGGAGAGCCUGGGCCAGCUGGACUCAAAGGGGAAGCAGGCGAGAUGGGCUUGUCCGGCCUCCCGGGUACUGAUGGCCUCAAGGGGGAGAAGGGAGAGUCGGCAUCUGACAGCCUACAGGAGAGCCUGGCUCAGCUCAUAGUGGAGCCAGGGCCCCCUGGCCCCCCUGGCCCCCCAGGCCCAAUGGGCCUCCAGGGAAUCCAGGGUCCCAAGGGCUUGGAUGGAGCAAAGGGAGAGAAAGGCGCGUCUGGUGAGAGAGGCCCCAGCGGCCUGCCUGGGCCAAUUGGCCCAUCGGGCCUUAUUGGGCUGCCAGGAACCAAAGGAGAGAAGGGCAGACCCGGGGAGCCAGGACUAGAUGGUUUUCCUGGACCCCGAGGAGAGAAAGGUGAUCGGAGCGAGCGUGGAGAGAAGGGAGAGCGAGGGGUUCCCGGCCGGAAAGGAGUGAAGGGCCAGAAGGGCGAGCCGGGACCACCGGGCCUGGACCAGCCAUGUCCUGUGGAGAAUCCCACCUGCGGAGGCCGGAGAGGGGCACCAGGCUGGCGGGGCCCUGCGAGGGGCAAUGGGCCAUGCCCUGCGGGCCCCGACGGGCUGCCUGUGCCUGGCUGCUGGCAUAAGUGACCCACAGGCCCAGCUCACACCUGUACAGAUCUGUGUGGACAUUUUUAAUUUUUGUAAAAACAAAACAGUAAUAUAUUGAUCUUUUUUCACGGAAUGCGCUACCUGUGGCCUUUUAACAUUCGAGAGUGUGCCCACCCAGCCCCAGAGCCACUGGCAUGUGAAGCUCCUGGAAAGUGGACUGGCCAGCCCCGGGAGAUGUAUACCUGAGGGGCACCCUUGGGCCUGGGCUUUCCCAGGAAGGAGAUGAAGGUAGAAGCACCUGGCUCGGGCAAGGCUAGAAAGAUGCUACAUUGGGCCUUCAGUCACCUGAUCAGCAGACUCUGAGCUGUGUAAGAACCUGCCCCCAAACACUCUGGAGUCCCUGGGACACACCCUAUCCAAGAAGACCCAGGGGUGGAACAGCGGCUGCUGCUGCUCCUGGCCUCACCAGCCUCCAAACUCAACCACAACCAGCUGCCUCUACAGUUGGACAAGACUUGGCCCCUGGACAAGACUCGCCCAGCACUUGCAGCUGGGCCCGGGGAGCAGUGAGUGAAAAUCCCCCAAGAGGGUCGAGCUCCUACUGCAUUCAGUCGGCCUCAGGCGGCCAGCCUGCCCUGAAAACACAUGUCCUCUGGCCAGAAGUAGUGGCUGAGCUCUGUGAUCGCUGUGAUGUGGACCUAGCUCCAGUGAGCAGAGUGUCGGGGAUGGAGGGGCCCAGGCUGGACUGACUGCUCCUUCCUGUGUCUGUUUCCAUAUCACCCAGAGAGAGACAAGACGGGACAUGGCCUGGCCCAGGGAGGAGGCCUGCCACUCAGAGUCUGGGUCUCACUGGCCCCAAGUCUGUCACCCAGAACUCUGGCCAAAAAUGGCUCUCUAGAUGGGUUGUGUAGGCAAAGCAAACCUCAGGGCUGGUUCGCAGCUGUCCUGAGCAAAGGGCCUGCCACCAGACCCACCCACGCUCUGACGAGAGGCUUUUCCACCUCCAGCAAGUAUUCCCAGCAACCAGCUCCAUCCUGGCUGCUUGCCUUCCGUUUCUCUGUAGAUGGAGAUCACUGUGUGUAAUAAACCACAAGUGUGUGUCUG